UUGAAUGGUUUCAAACUUUAUUCUUGUUUAAUUUAGGUUGAUUUAGGUUUUGUUAAUUUAUCUGUCGAUUAAAAAUGGCCGCAAUCAAAUCGUUAAACGCUAAAGCAGAAGUUGCAAGAUCUACACAAGCAUUAGCUAUUAACAUAAGCGCUGCUAGAGGUCUUCAAGAUGUGCUCAGAACUAAUCUUGGGCCGAAAGGAACCAUGAAAAUGUUAGUAUCUGGUGCUGGUGAUAUCAAAUUAACCAAAGAUGGAAAUGUUCUUCUUCAUGAAAUGCAAAUCCAACAUCCAACAGCAAGUUUGAUCGCUAAGGUGGCAACAGCACAAGAUGACAUCACUGGAGAUGGAACAACAUCAAAUGUUUUAAUUAUCGGAGAAUUGUUGAAACAAGCAGACAACUAUGUACAAGAGGGCGUGCAUCCACGUAUUAUAACCGAGGGGUUCGAACUCGCGAAGGACAAAGCGCUUGAGGUUUUAGAAUCAAUCAAAUGUGACGUCAAGAUUACACGCGAUCGAUUGAUUGACGUCGCGAAGACAUCGUUGGUAACGAAGGUGCAUCGUAAACUCGCGGAUCAACUCACAGAGAUUGUGGUGGAUGCGGUCCUCUCAGUGAAGAGGGAAGAUGAACCAAUCAACCUCCACAUGGUCGAGAUCAUGGAGAUGCAACAUAAACUUGACUGUGAUACAAGUUUAAUCCAAGGCAUAGUGAUGGACCAUGGUGCAAGACAUCCUGACAUGAAGAAGCGGGUUGAGAAUGCUUAUAUAUUAACGUGUAAUGUUUCAAUGGAAUAUGAGAAGAGUGAGGUGAACGCGGGUUUCUUCUACAAGUCUGCGAGCGAACGAGAGAAACUUGUAGAGGCUGAACGUCGUUUCACCAACGAUAAAGUUAAUAAAGUUAUUCAACUUAAGAAAGAGGUAUGCGACGCCAGUGGUGACAAUGAGAUGGGAUUCGUGCUCAUCAACCAAAAGGGCAUCGAUCCAUUAUCACUUGACAUGCUCGCUAAGAACGGCAUCGUGGCUCUGCGUCGAGCUAAGCGUCGUAACAUGGAACGUCUCGUCCUCGCAUGCGGGGGUACAGCUAUGAACUCCGUUGAUGAAUUGUCCGUGGAUUGUCUCGGCAAAGCUGGCCUUGUGUAUGAACAUGUGUUGGGUGAAGCAAAGUUCACAUUUGUAGAGAAAUGCAACAACCCCCAUAGUGUGACCAUCCUUAUUAAGGGGCCAAACAAACACACCAUUACACAGAUCAAGGAUGCUGUGAGGGAUGGUUUGCGUGCCGUGAAAAAUGCUAUUGAAGAUGAUUGUGUGGUACCUGGUGCUGGUGGUUUCCAGAUCGCUGCUUACGAUGCACUCAUGCGUUUCAAACCAGAGGUUAAAGGUCGUGCACAAUUGGGGGUGCAGGCGUUUGCCGAUGCAUUGCUAGUCAUUCCCAAAGUUCUUGCCCAGAAUGCGGGUCUCGAUCCACAAGAAACAAUCGUUAAGUUACAACAAGAAUACGCUGGGAGUAACUUGCCGGUUGGGAUUGAUCUGCAAUCAGGUGAACCCAUGAAUCCCGUAGAUGCCGGUGUGUUGGAUAAUCAUUGCGUUACUAAACAAUUACUUAACUCAUGCACUGUUAUUGCUUCCAACUUAUUGUUGGUCGAUGAAAUGAUGAGAGCUGGUAUGGCAACACUGAAAGGUUGAGAAUUGAGAUUAACCAUCCGUUGCAGCUAUUGUCUCGUAACGAACCUUAUUAUGAUGUAACAAGCAUGACCGCAUGUUCCUUUAAGUUUGGCGUCUCGUGUUUGUUUUGUAUUAAAAUUAUUACUCAAAUAAAGUGAAUGUAAAAGA